GGGUAAGAGUGACUGAGAAGGUAGGAGGGAGCGAGAAAGAGACAAGACUGUAAGGUCCUAGUCAAGAUGUCGGAGAACAAACAGCUUGUGUCUUCUCGUCGUACUUUUAGCAAAGUAGUGAUUACUUUAGAAAAUAUUCUACUACCAGAAGAAAGAUUGUCGCCAACACCAUCUAUGCAAGAUGGUCUAGCAUACGAGGUAGAAAUAGAUUUACGUAUUAUCGGCUGUGAGAUGAUACAGACUGCUGGCAUCUUGUUGAAGUUACCUCAGGUUGCAAUGGCAACAGGACAAGUCCUAUUCCAGAGGUUUUAUUACUCCAAGUCAUUUGUGAAACACAACAUGGAGGUAGUAGCAAUGGCUUGUAUGAACCUGGCGUCGAAAAUAGAGGAAUGUCCUCGAAGGAUUCGAGAUACGAUAAACGUUUUCCACCAUAUAAAGCAGUUACGAAGUGGAAAGACAAUCCAUCCCAUGGUGCUUGACCAGAAUUAUAUCAAUUUAAAGAAUCAAGUUAUCAAGGCUGAACGGAGGGUUCUCAAAGAGUUGGGCUUUUGUGUUCAUUUCAAAUAUCCACACAAGAUGAUUGUUAUGUAUCUACAAGUAUUGGAAUGCGAAAAAAACCAGAAGCUUGUGCAGUGUGCAUGGAAUUAUAUGAAUGACAGUUUCAGAACAAAUGUAUUUGUACGUUAUCAUCCAGAAACAAUUGCUUGUGCCUGUAUUUAUCUUGCUGCUCGACAACUUCAGAUUCCUUUACCAAAUAGUCCCCAUUGGUUCUGGUUGUUUGAUGUUACGGAAGAACAGAUCAAAGCUGUUAGUUUGACAAUUUUGAGACUCUAUGCUAGGAAGAAGGCAAACUGUGAUGAAUUAGAGAAAAUAGUUGCUGAACACAGACGUAUACAGGUUGAGGCAAAACUAAAGGCAAAAAAUCAGAAAUCUGGCAAUGGUACCCCUAACUCGACAAUUUCACGUCCUGCUUCCCCCAAGUUGACUUGCAGUCCAGUGACUUCUUCAGCUCCAACGAAGGCCAAGAGUAAAGAUGAACGUGUUCAAUCAGACCACAGUUCAGAUGAUCCUGCACCACAUAACCAUGUCAACAAGAGGAGGCGAAGUCUUUCCAGAAGUGACAAAAGCCUAUCAGACUCCAACUCCAAAAGUAGAUCGAGAUCUGAGAGGUCUUUCAGCCACAGUCACAGUCGAUCUCCUGCCAACAAGAAUAAAAGAUAUCGGACUCCACCACGUAAAUAUCGUAGCAAGGAUAAAUACUCGCCUGAGCGCUACGUCCAGAAAGAAAAACACACCCACAAACGUAACAAACGUCGGUCAUACUCGAGAAGCCGCAGUCGAUCAUUCAGUCAGUCUCCUGAACAUCGACGUGCUGGCCACAAGAAAUACUACCGUGAGAGGGACCAUUAUCCUUACAAUCACAGCCCCGACAACAAACAGUAUAAGAAACACAGAAACCACCGCAGCCCCUCUUACGAGAGGUAUGACAAGUACAAACGGUAAUGCCAGCUUGUCAAAGCAGAAUGUGAUUUUUGUAUACCAGUUCCCCCCCUCCUCUCCCCUUGCCACUCACCACGUUAGUUGACAAUUUCCUACCUCCAACACAGGAGAGUGUUAGUGGUACCAUCAGUUUGUUGGUCUCAGUUGACAGCACCCACCCCAACCUUUCACCUUGCUGUGUUCCUACAAUGAUACAUAGGUCCUUCAUUUCCCUUUUAGGUUAUUUCUAAAUUUCUUUUUUUUUUUUUUUAAAUUCAAAAAAGAACAUCAAAAAAACGUGGAUUCUGUGAAGUCCAUGGAACAAUCUAGAUUGAAAUGUUUGUUGGGUCUGUUGCUACUGUGCACUGAUAACUAAAAGUUUGUGUAUGUGUGGUUUGGUCCUGUCUGUGUUCCAUCAUCUUGGCUAUCUCAUCUACUUCUCAGGGACAUCAUUUGUCGAUACUCAUCAUGCCAUGAAAAGGAUGUGAAGACAGUUGUAAAUAUAUUUGUAAAUAGACAUUAAAACAUAUAUCUGUAUAGAUUCAAA